GUAAUCCAAAAUUGGUGAUAAGAAACACACAACACUCGCUACAGUGAAUCUCCCAUUUUUAUAGCUUACCUACAUAUCAUUUGCGAUAACACUUUGUUGGAGUUUGUGAUAACACAAUUUUAUGUUGUAUUUAAUAUUUAUAGAAGGUUCUGAACAUUAAUUUAAUUUAGUCGCGAGAAAUAACACGCUUGGAGUGCAGUUUGAACCGCGACAAAUAUUUACGUAGUUUUGGAAUUUCCAUUCUAAAAAAAAUUCAAAUUAUUUUUUGUUUGUUGUUGUUGUUUUUUGUUUUUGUUAUUAAAUUUUAAUUAUGAAUCACGGUGAUCAUGGUAUAGAUCAUGGAAUGGAUCAUGGUAUGGAUCACGGCGGUAUGGAUCAUGACCACGGUGGUGGUGGGUCAUCUGAAUCUAGAACUUGCCCAAUGAUAAUGACUUUUCACGGUGGUCAUUGUGAAAGAAUUCUAUGGAAAGAAUGGCUAGCAUACACCUUAACCGAAUUUAUUUUCUCAGCACUAGCAAUAUUUGCUGUUGCAUUCGCCUAUGAAGGAAUUAAAUUCAUCAGGGAAUAUCAUCUGCGCAAAGUACUCAAAGAAGAAAGUGAUCGUCAGCGUGCAUUGAGUUCGAAAAAUUGCAUGUCCAACGAAGGAUCCUCUUCUAAUACUCCACUUCAUGCUGGAACCGAAUUGAACUAUUGCCAACGAAUCUUUAAUACUCCUCACAUAAUGCAGACUUUACUCAAUCUUCUUCAGAUUGUUAUAUCCUAUCUUUUGAUGUUGAUCUUCAUGACAUUCAACUACUGGUUGUGUCUUGCAGUUGUUCUAGGCCUAGGAUUGGGCUAUUUUGUAUUCGGUUGGAUAAAACAAGAUGUUUACGAAACUGAAUGUUGUCAUUGACGUUGAAGUGAACAGACAGCAAAAACUAACAAAAUUUGCAGAACAAAUUAUAUUUCAAAAAAAACUUUAUAGGUACUAAAGCCAGUUUAGUACAUUUUUCAAAUACCAACGAUAAUUACCUUAAUUUUUUUCUUUUACUGUAGAUUUUAGUAAAAAUAAAUUUAAAAUUCAAAAAAAAUAUUAUAUUUUUAAAUUCUGUGUCAAAAUUACUUGUUAUCCUGUAAAAAAUAAAAUCAGAAAAGGAAUAUAGGAGGAGUCAACUUGAUACGCCUUUUUGAAUAUGCUACUAUACAAAGGACGAAGCAGUUCAUUGAAAGGACACCAAAAAUGUGACACCCAUGGAAAAGUAUGUUCUGUGAAAUUUCUUGCUAUGGUUGAUUAAUGUUUAAGCGGUUGACUUUUGAAAUGAGAUACCACUGCACUGUCAAGAGAGGAAGACACAUAAAUCGAACUGAAAAACACAUUGAAGGGUGAUCUGUUAUUUAUUUUUAAACAGAUUUCUAAACUAUCCAUGGUAAAAUGUAUGAAGUGGUACCAAUAUAUUAAUUUUUGUAUUGUUUUAAUGAA